UUUUUUUUUUUUGCUUAAUUGGUUCUCUUAUGGUGUCUGUGUUGUAGGGUUUUUUGUGUUCUAUGUGGGAGGGUUUUUUGAAUGUUUUAUUUUUGCUAUGGAUAAAGUUCAGUGGAGUGAAAUACCCUUCUAGGAUGCUCUGUUCUGUUGGGUGGAGGACCCUUAAUCACAUUUUUCUACUUCAACCAUGAGCUUGCAUUAACGUUUUACUAGAAGAGUUGCUUAAUUGGACACAAACUUGAUUACCGAGUUGAGAAAGAUUUAAAAAUUAGAACCAGCAAAAGUAUACAAAUAGACAACUAUCACAUAUUAGUAUAUUACUCUCAACUGAAUUUCACAAACUAACCUCCAAAGAACCAUCUAAAAUUAUAUCCACUAACUCUUUAGAUAUGUGAAAAUAUAGAUCUAAGGUGUAUUUUGGUUCAUGGGAUUGGAGGAGAUAGAACUAGCAAUCCCUCUUAAUUCCAUGUUGUUCACUUUAAUCUGGGAAUAGGUGGCAAAACCCCUACACAAUCACAGAAGUAGGGAUAAAAAUAAAGAGGAAGAGGGUAUUGUUUUGGAUAAAAGUAGUUUACAAGCCAAUUAAAGCAUGCACAUGAUAGUUAUUUGGGAUGAUUUCAGAAAAGGUGACUAACUUAGCAAUCCGUACCAAUUGGUCCAUGAUCCACUUCGAUAUGAAAAAAUUUUGUUCCCACCCUUCUAGAAAAGACAUUCCAUUCAAAAAUAUAGAGGUAAUAUAACCAGGUGCACCUAUUAAAGUACAACAAAUUUUAAUCCAACAAAUCGUUUUGUACUUGAUUGAAAUAAGCAGAGAUAUCAUAAAACAUUAGAAGCCCAAAUUAUAAACUGGAAGUAUUUUGUUUGACAUAUUGACCUAGUGCACAAGUGUACUGAUUUGGAGAACAAUAUGUCAUUAUAAGACAGAAUUUGGUACAAAACUUUAAAAAUUUAAUAUAAAACUAAACAUCAUAACAGUAAGGGGUUUAGGUUAGGAACAAUAUCUAUUAUUACCAAGUUAAAAGAGAGCCAAAAAAGAUUCAGGAUUUGAAAAGAACAAAAUAAACUUUUACCAGGAUUGUUUUGGGAUACUGGAUGUGAAAGAAGUGGUCACUCUAUUAGAUGAAAGAGGUGAUUGAAGUAGAAAAAUGUGGUGGGAUGGAUUGCAAUUAUGCUUAAUCACCAUGCUUAGCUUGCUACUUAAUAUAUUAAAUAGGGGAUGUAUUACCCUGCCAGUAGGAAUAUGAUUGCUUAGACUAAUUGACUAAUUGUAUGAUUGCAUAGUUAUUUUAAAACAUAUGUGUUGCUUGCAUAUGAUUGCAUAGUUUUACCCUGCCAGUAGGAAUAUGUGCUGCUUGGUUUAAAACAUAUAUUAGGAGGCAGGUUUUUAGCUAUUUUAUGUGCUCCUUAGGGCUGUAAUAUAUUAAUGAUUGCAUAUUUACUUAGAUGAAUAACUUGGAAGAAACAAAUGAGGAAGACGCAAAAUGGCCUGAUACAGCCGUUAUACAAUUUUUGACAAUUUUAAAUGAAAGAGUAAAAAAAAAAUUCCUCCGAACUACUUUCACUAAAACCUUCAGACUGGAAUGAUAUUGAUUGGGAGAUAAUGGUGUUAGUUGGUCUCAGUUACGGGAUGACUAAACUUAAAGGAAAGUGUAGCCGGCUGAAAUUGAUGUACGUGCAAUUUUCUGAGUUGAUUUCUCAUACGGGGGUAACAUACAACUCACUUACAAACACUGUGGAUGCAUGUGAGGAUACAUGGAAAAAAUUUGAGAAGAGUUAUAAGAGAAAUAGUUGCAAGCAUUACCAGCUAAUGGCUGAGGUAUUUGCCCGAUCUGUUGCUACUGGAGGUCUUGCCAACUCGUCCAUGCAAAUGCCACUUAACUCUGAUGAGGAACGCCUUGCCGAUGAUGAGUUCUUACGUGAUGCAAAACCAUCAGUAACUGAAGUUCCAACAGGUAAUACUAGUUCAAAAGGGAAAAGGGGUUUGGAUGAGAUGAUGGAUUUUGUUGGUAGCGCGAGGAAGAGCAUUAACAAGAAAUGGAGGGAUAAGUUGUAUAAUGCAAUGGAUACUGUGGCAGCUUGGGUACCUACAUCAAAGCAAACUACAUUUCGAGGUAGAAAAGGAGGAAUGGUGACUCAAAAUGUCAUGGCGGUUUGCUCGCAUGACAUGAUGUUUACAUUUGUAUAUGCGGGUUGGGAAGGAAGUGCAAAUGAUUCUCGCAUAUUUUUAGAUGCACUUUCAAAGCCUGAAAUUGGGUUUCCCCUGCCACUUGAAGGUCAUUACUACGUUGUUGAUGCUGGUUACCCAAAUGUACCUGGUUUUUUGGCAGCAUACCGCGGGGAGGCCUAUCACUUGAAUGAGUUUCGUGGCCAAGGACGAAUACAAAAUAAGCAAGCUCUAUUUAAUUAUCGACACUCAUCAUUGCGGAAUGUGAUUGAGAGAUGCUUUGGACUUUUAAAAGCGAGAUUUAGUUAG